CCUCGGAGAAGCCUUUGGAAGAAAAUACGGCAGACUGCUGUCUCAGAAGACGGUUGGCAUUGGAAGCAUCGGUACCACGGCUCAACAUUAAAUCCUUCUGUUUCGACACGACAAAUUUGUGUGAAGCACCAGGAAGAGAAGUCUGCUUUUUGCCAGAUGCUGAACCUCGUCUUUCCAACCCCCAGGCACAACAAAAACUCUUGAGGACAAACCCUCUCGCCAACUUUGGCUCCUUUACUUGAACUGCAGCUCUUGAACUUCUGAAAAGCUGUCACAGUCUUGGAAGUCAGCAACUAAUUUCUAAUUGUUUUGCGGCUACACCUGUGUGAAUUCGCAGCGGACCAACAUGGCAAAGAAGAACCAAAAGGAUGCAUCAGGAGUCGUGUUUGACACUCGCUCAAAGAUGGUCAUGUCCCAAGGAGGGCCACCUGAGAAGAUGAAGGAGAAGAUCAGUGCUGUCAGAGCAGUUGUCCCCAACAAAAGCAACAAUGAGAUUGUUCUGGUAUUGCAGCAUUUUGAGAACUGCGUCGACAAGGCCGUUCAAGCAUUCUUAGAAGGUAGUGCAGUGGAAAUCCUUAAGGAGUGGAGUGUUACUGGCAAAAAGAAGCCAAAUAAGAAAAAAAAGCCCAAGCCCCAGCAGGAGACCUCUGCCGAACCUGCCCCGUCUGAGGCCACACCACUUGAGUGUAAGGACAAAACCAACGGCUUCCAUGCCAAUGGAUCAGCGAUGGAUGGAGAGUCACUUGACUCCCUGAGUGAACAAUUGGACUCUGCGUCCUUGGAUGCGUCAGAGCUGGACUCUGAACCAACCACUUCUGAAAUCACCGGUAAAUGGCCAGACGCAGACAGUCCCCCUUCUCAGCCUGGACAAAGUACUCACCAGGGACACAGGGGCAACAAAGCACGGCACCGCCAAGAUUCACAUCGCCAAAACUCCUCAUUUGCACUCCCUGAUGAACAAAGUCAGCAAAGGUCGUCUGGUGGCAAGAAGACUGCUCCAAACAUUGACCGCUCCGUGAAAGACCUGCAGCGAUGCACCGCCUCACUGACUCGCUACAGGAUGGUGGUGAAGGAGGAGAUGGAGUCCUCCCUCAAGACGAUGAAGCAAACAUUUGCAGAGCUUCAGGGCAGCUUAAUGGACAGAGAAGUGGCACUACUGUCUGAAAUGGACAAAGUGAAAGCAGAGGCCAUGGUCGUUUUGAACACUCGACAGAAAAGAGCCGAGGAGCUCAGGAGACUGACGGACCAGUCGGCAUCCAUGUCUGAGGAGCAGCUGACUGAACUGCGAGCAGACAUCAAGCACUUUGUGAGUGAGCGUAAAUAUGACGAGGACCUUGGCAAAGCUGUCAGAUUUACAUUUGAUUUGGAGCCGCUGAAGACCAGCAUCUCACGAUUUGGAUCAGUAUACCAUCCUCGCACAGGUUACUCCGAUCGAUCCCGUUGCAGCUCCACAUCCUCCUCGGUGGCCAGCCCAAGUACUGUGGAAACCCCUCCCACUCAGAACCAAAAUUUCCCCAGCGAAUUCCGCCCCCCACCGGCCAAGCAGAUUUUCCAAGGGAACCGGCGUACGUUCCAGGGCCAAGGCUAUCACUCAGGUGGUCAGCGCUACAACGGCGGCUCCAACCACGAUCGAAGCGCCGGGCGCAUCAACCACCGCUACCAAAGCGACGGCGGCACCUCUGGUCCUGCCCCGCAGCACUCCAACAGCUCUCGGGGCCCCUCACACUCGUCGUCGUCGUCAAACCAAAACCGAGAUUCUCAGAACGGGCUGCCACAAAGGCUUCCCCGGACGCCCUGUCCUUGACAUUGGAAUUCUUGCGCUCUCUCGAAGCCCCUUUACUAAUAACCUUGCACUCCCCUCCCCCGAGCCGUCGCCCACUGUCCCGUCCAGCUCACUCUCUUGUCUCGAUGAAGAAUAGAAUACAAGUUGAAAUUUUCAUGUCCUCCAUUCAUCCUUCAGACUUGAACAGCAUCUUGGGUAGGGAGUACCAGCUUCUGUCUUGAUUUAGGCCCGCGUGACGUUUCUCCUUUUACCCGCACUGCUUCAAGACCCGCAGUGGAACUCUUAGUACUGCUUCCACGUUUGCUGUGUUUUGCCCUUGCGUCGACCCUUUUGAUGCCUUCACCCAGGAAGGAAAGUGGUGUUGUGCAGCAUUGAACAUUUGUUGACAUUAGGACAGAAGUUGCGGACUAUUUGAAGGAAACAUAUCAAGCUAAUGCUUAGAAGGAUGCGCUACGUGUUAGCUGAUCUCUUGACGUUAGAGGUUUGUGAGCGAGUAUAAAGCUGCGGCGCCUUCACACCAAGCAGUACUCGUUUAUUGCUGUGCUGAUGCUAAGCUACGCUAGUUAGCCAGACAUACCAUUGCUAUUCUAGAGGACACCCCACCCACAAACGUUUUGUACACGAGGGCUGUUAUUGUAGAAUAAUGUUCAAACGUAUGUGAAGUUUCACAUCAAGUGUCCACGUGCUGUUCGGCUGCAGACAUUCACUAAGGCUAAUUUUCUUCCAUGUUUGCUGGCACAUUGAUGACACGUUUGCCUUUUCGUCAGACAGUCUUUGUGCGUUUGCCUUUUGUAGAAAAUGUGACGUCUUUCUAAAGGAAUCAUUUGGAGAGAGAAUGGUCACGUAAGACUUGGGUGUUUGUUCUGUUCUGUUUGGGAUAUGCUCCCCCAUCGGGAUGCUGGAGGUGAGCAACCUGCAGGCUGCUUGACUUCACUGAGCUUGGCACUUCCUUCAUGUUGUUGUGGCAAAGCGUGAACAAAACCCAGUCAAAAUUCCUCAUUGUGGAAGCUUCGGUGUGGCCUGUAUCAAGCUGCGUUCUCAAAGAUGUGAGGGCAGUGUACAAUUUCAAAAGAUUUCUUCACCCUUUUUUUUCUUUAUUCGUAUAAAAGGGAAAUUUUUCAGUUUGGAAAUGGAAAUUAUAAUUACCGGUAUGUUGGUGAAUGUUGUGGGCAAGAGCACCAAUUUGUUUCGUUCUUGUUUUUGUUAGUUAAUCACAAAGUUGACAAUAUUUCUUGCAGGUCUUUUUGUUUUCUCUCUCGUUUUUUGUAGUACAAAUGACAUGAGGAAUAUUGCUGGACGUGAGCUUUCAAGGUGCUAAUAACUCGCGAGUCAACAUGCAUCUUAGCGUCCGAACUGUUGUUCUCUUCUUUUUCAAGUCUCACUUUUCAGUUAACCUUUUUAUUGUGGGAAAAACUAUUAUGUAUCAUUUACUUUCCAAAAUGCCAAACUAUUAUUUGUGACUGACAUAGGAUAGAUUAAAAAUGAUCUUUAUUUGCUGCUGGGCUACAGGAUGAUAGUUGAUGAAAACAACUUUUAAUCCAGCAUCUAUUUGAUUUGGUUUGUUUUACAUUCCAAAUUGGAGGAAUUUGUCUUUUCAUCCUGUUGUUGCCUUUCCCUUUUUCUGCAUCUUUUAUUAACAACAAAAAUAUCCCAAAAAAUUGUUUUCUACUUUAAUCUCCUUCCUGUAUAUACAUGUAUGUAGCGGUAUCAUUUGUAUGCGAUAUUAAUGGUAGGCGUAAUGGACAUUUACAGUAGUUGUGUCCUUGUCACUUCAGAGCUGUAAAACUCAAGUGCCUUUUCUUCUGUCUCCCACUCAUCCAUCGCCCAAGACUGGACCAAAGACGUCGACCAGGCCCAACACUCUCUGCGCUCUUUCUCCCAACUCACUGAAUGGCACACUUUUCAUUUAUUACGAAUAAACUGUUUGCAAUA